AUGGGAAAGUUCUUAUGCCACAAAUCCCAAGUUCCCAUUGAAGAUACCAAGUUCCUAAGCCCCGAAGUUCGAGCUCAACAACCAGUUCCUCCUUACCAGCACGAUGAGAUUACGGCAUUGAAAAGGUUUAAGGAAGGUGGCUGCACAGUUGUGCUCGAGCUUCUUGGGUACAGCGAAACUGUUCAAGGCAAAGAUGGACUCGUGCCUGGAGGGUACAUCACGGACCUCAUAUGGGACAAAGUCCCAGGACAGUCGUCGUCAAGAGAACUCUUCUGGUCAUUUAACAAACCCAGUAAAUCUAACAUAAACAAUGGGGCUUUGACAUCCUUCGGCUACCUGUCAAUGAUAAAAAUUCCAGCUAGGCUUAUUUGGGACCAGGAUUCUUGCCAGCUACUCAUCUCUAGAUUCUCAAUGGCGAUCAAAGUCGACUCUACCAAGAAAUGGAAUGAUGACUUUUACGCAAUGUAUCAGCUGAUGAACCGACCCAAGAUUGGCUGGGAGGAUAUCGCUCGAUGGGAGGGGUGA